CAUGUUACCAUGGCGAUGACUGCAGGGACGACAACAUCCUUUCCCAUGAGCAACCACACCCGGGAGAGAGUGACGGUGGCCAAGCUCACCCUGGAGAACUUCUACAGCAACCUCAUCAUCCAGCAUGAGGAGCGAGAAACCAGGCAGAAGAAGCUUGAGGUGGCAAUGGAAGAGGAGGGCUUAGCAGAUGAGGAGAAAAAACUGCGCAGGUCACAACAUGCCCGCAAAGAAACUGAGUUUCUGCGACUGAAGAGGACAAGGCUCGGCUUGGAUGACUUCGAGUCUUUGAAAGUUAUUGGAAGAGGAGCAUUUGGGGAGGUACGUCUUGUUCAGAAGAAGGAUACAGGCCAUAUUUAUGCAAUGAAGAUACUAAGAAAAGCAGAUAUGCUGGAAAAAGAGCAGGUGGCCCACAUCAGAGCAGAAAGAGAUAUUCUGGUUGAAGCAGAUGGAGCCUGGGUAGUGAAAAUGUUUUACAGUUUUCAGGAUAAAAGAAAUCUCUAUCUGAUCAUGGAGUUCUUACCUGGAGGUGACAUGAUGACCUUACUAAUGAAGAAAGAUACUUUAUCAGAAGAGGAGACACAGUUUUACAUCUCUGAAACCGUGUUGGCCAUAGAUGCUAUUCACCAGCUGGGAUUCAUUCACAGAGAUAUUAAGCCAGACAAUCUUUUGCUGGAUGCUAAGGGUCAUGUAAAACUCUUUGAUUUUGGACUAUGCACAGGUUUAAAAAAAGCUCACAGAACUGAGUUCUACAGGAACCUUACACACAACCCACCAAGUGACUUCUCAUUUCAAAAUAUGAACUCAAAAAGAAAAGCAGAAACGUGGAAGAAAAACAGGCGACAGUUGGCAUAUUCUACUGUUGGCACUCCAGACUACAUUGCCCCAGAAGUAUUUAUGCAGACAGGGUAUAACAAGCUAUGCGACUGGUGGUCUUUGGGAGUGAUCAUGUACGAAAUGCUAAUAGGGUAUCCACCUUUCUGCUCAGAAACACCACAAGAAACCUACAGGAAAGUUAUGAACUGGAAAGAAACGUUGGUAUUUCCUCCAGAGGUGCCCAUUUCAGAGAAAUCAAAGGAUUUAAUUCUAAGGUUUUGCACCGACUCAGAAAAUAGAAUCGGUAGUAAUGGAGUAGAGGAAAUAAAAAGUCAUCCAUUCUUUGAAGGAGUGGACUGGGGACAUAUCAGGGAAAGACCGGCUGCAAUCCCUAUAGAAAUUAAAAGCAUUGAUGAUACUUCCAACUUUGAUGAAUUCCCCGAGUCUGAUAUUUUACAGCCAGUGCCAAACACAACGGAGCCUGACUACAAAUCCAAAGACUGGGUUUUCCUCAAUUACACCUACAAGAGGUUUGAAGGGCUCACGCAGCGUGGCUCCAUCCCUUCCUACAUGAAAGCUGGGAAGUUGUGAACCAAAACACAAACCCACAAA